ACAGAAACAUCUGUUGAUUUUGUCAGGUUCCCAGUUUUAUAGACCCCAGCAAACACUUCCCCGGAAAAUGUUUACCUGUUAUCCACACCUUUCAGAAUGGGACAUACGGUCAUAUUAACCAAAUGACAAUGUCACGUUAUGAUGAAGACUUGUAUGACAAUCCUUUCUACACAGCCCUCGAGAAGAACUAUCAUCUGCUUCUUGAUCAGGCUUCAAGCAGUCACUUGAUUAACUGUAUGCCCAAGUAUGAGCUGGUUAAAGAUGCAAGCUUCACUAAAACAGACUUUGGUGACCACAUUUUAUUGCCAAGUACAGACCAAGAUGACAGUUUCACUUCACUGACCAAGCAUGAUUUAAAAGAAGAACAAUGGCUGAAAAUCUAACACCUUGCAGUGGAUGCAAUUACCCUUGUCAAAUUGGGUGAUUGAACCACAACCCCAAAUCAACAUGUUCAGAUUCUUCAAGACAGAUCAUUUUAGGCAAAAGAUAUAAAGAUGCAAAAGAGGUAGCCAUCUUGUUUGAAGAGACAUUUUACAACAGCAAAGAUGAGAGUUACCGUGUUCUGUGAGUGUCAGAGGUCUUCAACAGAGCUGUGGAAACAGGCGAUGCAAACAAAUCUACUGCCCCUGACUAUUCCAGACUGCCGACCAGUUAUAACGAGUUCAAUCAACUUCUGUGGGGUCAGCAAGGCUCUGGAGACAAAAUACACUGUCUUACGACAGAAGCUAUUGGUUGAUUGCUUGCGAAUUAGGAUGGGAACUGACCAAUGGGAGGCCAUGUCUCAAAACGACAAGCAGCAAAAAGUGAUGAUCCUGGAUAAUCAAGCUGUGGAACAAAUCCAAAAAGGCAAGAUAAUGCCAUCUCUCUUAGGGGAGGGGUUUCACCUGCAAGUGACUGUCACCCAAAUGAUGGGGUUGUGUAAGCAUGUCUUCCAAAACACGGUCAAGGGUCAGCAAGUCAUAGGAAGUGCCAAAACCAAGGAGAAUCUUGACCAGUUGUUGCUGACAUUCUGCAUAGACUAUCAGAAGUUCUCGGGAUCUGUCACUCCUGCACUUGUGGAUUUGAUGUCUGGUCAGGUGACGAGAGCCAUGCAGUUAGUCCUGAAGGACAGUCUGGUGAACUACCUAGUGAACGUGGUCCACAAGCACCUGUUUGCUACCAUCACCAACUGCAUGAAGAGCAAUGACUCAAAUCUGAACAAGAAGAACCCUAACUUGGUGGACACGCGUCUAGAACACCUGCAUGUACGCCCAGAGUAAGAGGAGAAUUUGCCUGGCUCGCAGAAAGAGCUGUCCAAGCUGAACGACUUCAGUACGCCUCUCGAGCAUCUACAGUGCCUCAAACAUGUUGUGACGUUUCGUACAAGGCUUGUGGAAGCUGCAAAAAGUGACGACACUCUCCAUUUGGCCGCGCUAUAUGUCCAGGUGACUCUUGUGUUAAACAAAUCUCUUUUU